AUGGCCCUAAAAAUUAACAUUUCCAUCCUCAUUGAUUUGGGGAUGACAGGGACUGCUAGAGAGUACGCAAUACGCCAACCGGCUGGCGAAUUUAGUUCAGUUAGGCACCACAGAUUAGACAAAGUGCCCACCCAGCUGUCUUACGGAAACACCAACGAGGUCGUUCCGUGGGGGAGUGCUUGUCAGACAAACCAUGGCAUCAAAAAGCUUUUCAAAGGAAGCUUUGCGUUCAGCCAGGACAGUCGCACUUCUGAAUUGUCCAAGAAAUGGAUAUCAGAUUAUCUCCAUCAGUUCUGCUCCCAUAUACUUGAUGAAGUAUUGAUUAGGGAAGGGUUCACCAGGGAGCAACUCAACGCAAAAUGGUGUUUGACGAUGCCCGGCUGCUGGAGUGAUCAUACCCAGUUGGAUUUUAAGAUGCAUGCCGGCAACGUUCUGCGUAGAAUUCUACCAGAAUGUGAGGUCAUUGCAGAUGUCACUGAAUCGCUAGCUAGCUGCGAGUUCUUGGCGCAAAGUUUCCGGUUCCCAAGGGGUACUUGGGCAAUUACAUGUGACAUAGGCGGGGCGACUUGCGACACAGCGCUUGCUACUAUGAACACAGAUGGAACGGAAGUGCCCGAAGUUUUCCCUGUCUUGAGCACAGAGUGUUCCAGCACCAGUGCGAGUGUUCAAGUUGUAGAUCGCCUCCUCCACCGCCAAAUCAUGAAGUUGCAAGGUAGUAUUAACACUGAGCAAUUCAAAGAUUUAGCUACACAGUUAGUGGAUAGCACACCAUGGAAGUGUGCUAGGCAUGCCUUUGAUGGUUCGGCGGAUGUUAUAUUCACAGCAGAACAGGACUUCGGAAAGCUGAAGCGAUCUCUGACCUCCUACAGUCGAACAAUGGAACAUAUCUUCGUACCCUUCCUCGAUGGCCUUUGUCGUGAAAUUGACGAGUGUAUUCGACUUAUGGCGGAGCGGACUGGUCGGCAUUCAAAGCCGAACAUUAUUGCUCUUUGCGGUGGCGGAGGUACCAUGGCGUACCCGCUAAAGCAGCUGAAGUUUCGGUACUCGCACAUCGAAAUCAAGGCCUCUUCAUCGACGGAGGAAUCGCGUCUUGCCACCAUAAUUGGGCAUAGCAUCUACCGAUCCCGAUACGCCAUGGAUGAUUACUUCGGCGAGAUCGUUAUGGGGGUGUCUUCUGCCAAAAAAGUAUCAACUCCUCAGAUAACCUGGAACGAGAAACCGACCCGGACGACUGGGUUCGAUUUCAGCUCACGAAAGCAAACCGCUCUUCAUGAUUUCAUCGUAUACAGAAAAGACUACCUCGAAGCUCUACCCAUAUUGAUGGACAUUUUGAAGAAGGGUGUCAGCGAGCCGUGCCAAUCGAAGGGAGUCUUGGUCAUACCUUUGCGUGUUACUUUGAAGGCAAAGUUUCUUCACAAGCAAAAGUACUUCAUCGAAGUUACCUGUAGCGAACAAGAUAGGUUCAGCUUCAAGGCUUGUGACGCCGAAAACCCCAGUGUAGAAUUUGAUUUGGUCUGGGAUAAUUACGACCUUGGAUGUUAA